AUGGUCUCUUCAGUGCAACCACCCGCCCGGGGCUUCACCGCCGCAGCCUGGACCACCUUUUGCUGGCCUCCUUGUGGUGCUGGGCCUGGCUCGCCUUCGAGAGCAGUCGAAGCAGAUCCUGCAAAGGAGUUUGAGACGAGUUCGAGAAGCGAGAUCAGCGAGGUGGGAAUGAGGUCCAAAGACCGCAGAAAGAUAUCAAUCGAUUCUGAAGUGGCGGAUGGAUUGGUGCAGAUACUGUGCCAAGCGGUGACUCAAGGAAACCUGGAUGGUUUGAAUCGUGUUGUUUUGGACAUGGCCAAAAACCUGUAA